AAAAACUGAACCAGAAAAAAUAAACGACUAUGCAAAACCAGUCAAACACUCAAACGAAAUAAUGGAGCCGUCGUCUCAGCCGAGGAUGCUCUAAUUUUGUAGUCAUUUGGGUUGGGACUACCUCCACUAUCUUCUGUCUCUCCAUAUACAAAACCACAAUAAGCAACAAUAAUCUUAGUCGGGACCUUGAGGCAACAUCAGCAAAUGGCUGGAGGAGAUGAGCUGAAGCUGCUAGGCUUUUGGGGGAGCCCGUUCGUUCUGCGAGCGAGGCUUGCCCUGAGCUUUAAGGGUCUGAGCUACGAGUAUGUCGAGGAGGAUCUCAAGAACAAGAGCCAGCUUCUUCUCCAGUCCAACCCGGUGCACAAGAAGGUUCCCGUGCUCAUCCACAACGGCAAGCCCGUCUGCGAGACCAAGAUCAUCAUGCAGUACCUAGACGAGGUUUAUGGUCCCUCUCUCCUACCUGCUGACCCAUACGACCGGGCCAUGGCUCGUUUCUGGGCUGCUUACAUUGAUGACAAGCUGUUGGGCUCGUUGAUGAUGAUGAGCAUGGGCAAGACAGACGAGGAGAAGGCUGAGGGCAGAAAGCAAUCGUCUGACGCUGUGGAGACUCUCGAGCGGGCACUCAAGGAGUGCUCCAAGGGGAAACCAUUCUUUGGAGGCGACAGCGUCGGAUACGUUGACGUUGUGCUUGGAGGCUUCGUCGCAUGGGUUCAUCUCAUCGAUCGCUUGACAGGCUUGAACGUGUUCGAUUCCAGCAAGACCCCGCUCCUAGCGGCAUGGCUGGAGAGCUUCGGCUCGCUGGACGCGGCCAUGGCGGUCAUGCCCGACGUGCAGAGGCUGGUGGAGCUCAGCGCGACACCUGCAAUGGCCGGCGGAGGAGACGACCUGAAGCUGAUCGGCUUGUGGUCUAGCCCGUUCGUGCUCCGGGUGCAACUCGCUCUCAGCCUCAAGGGCCUGCGCUACGAGUACAUCGAGGAGGAGGCUCUCGUGAACAAGAGCGAGCUCCUCCUCAAGUCCAACCCCGUGCACAAAAAGGUACCCGUGCUCAUCCACAACGGGAAGCCCGUCUGCGAGUCGCGGGUCAUCCUGCAAUACAUCGACGAGGCCUUUGCCGGCACCGGCCCGUCCCUCCUCCCUGCCGACCCCUACCAACGCGCCGUUGCUCGCUUCUGGGCCGCCUACAUCGAUGACACGAUGCUUCCGAUUUGGAACAAGUCGUCGAUGGGGAAGACGGAGGAGGAAAUGGCUGAGGGAAAGAAGCAGUCGCUCGCCGCGACGGAGGUCCUAGAGGGGGCGCUUAGGGAAAGCUUCAAAGGGAAGCCCUUCUUCGGUGGCGACAGCACCGGGUACGUGGACGUCGUGCUCGGCGGCGUGCUCGCGUGGGCGCGCGCGUCGGAGGAGCUCUACGGCAACAACCCCUUCGACCCCGAGCAGACUCCGCUCCUGGCGGCGUGGUCGGAGCGCUUCGGCGCACUGGAAGCCGUCGAGCCGGUGGUGCCGGAGGUGAGCAGGGUGGUUGAGUUCGGCAAGAUGUUGCAGGCGCGUCUAGCGGUUGCGGCCGCCCUCGGCGCCGGUGCAAGCUACUGAAUUUUAUUAAAAAAUGAAAGGUUUUGGAUAGCUGAGAGCUUUUCGGACAUAUACAUAGAAAUUACAUGUGCUUGGAUAACAUGGUACGAUACAACAGAGUGUGCACCUCAUAGUUCACAAAUAUGGCUAGAAACAAAACGUUGAGAAUUGGUCAAGCCUGUGUAAUAAAUUGCGCAUGUUGGGA